AUGGGUAACAGCAAUUCAGUCCCUGAUGGUCCUCCAAGGAGGAUCGUGUUGAUUGGGAAAACUGGUGUUGGGAAGAGUGCCGUUGGCAACACCAUCCUGGGCAGAGAGUUCUUUGAGUCUAACGUGAGCUCAGAGUCAGUGACAGAGACCUGUGAGAUAGGAAUCCUUCCAGAUUGUAAAAGAAAGAUCACUGUGGUCGACACACCUGGUCUUCUAGAUCCAUCUAAAAAUGCAGACGCCAUAAAGAAAGAAAUUGCAAAAUGCAUUCAGAUGUCUUCUCCUGGCCCGCACGUCUUCCUGCUGGUCCUUCAGAUCGGCAGGUUUACCAAAGAAGAGCAAAACUGUGUGGAUGCCCUGGAGAAGCUGUUUGGACCAAAGGCAUCAAACUACAUGAUCGUGCUGUUCACUCAUGGUGACAAACUGACUCAGCAGGGCGUAGGCAUACAUGACUAUUUGAAAGACGGCCAUGAGAAGCUGAAAGAACUUUUGAGGAGAUGCGGUAACAGGUUUCAUAUGUUUGACAACAGUAACAUCAAGAACAGAGCUCAGGUUGUUGAGCUGAUUAAAAAGAUUGAUGAUAUGGUGGCAGCAAAUGGAGAACGUCACUACACUGAUGAGAUGUUUGAGGAGGCAGAGAGAAUUCUGAAGCAAAGAAAACAGCUGUAUAACAAUUCAGCCUUCAUAUCUCAGCUCAGGAAAAAAAUUUCUCUGUUUCAGACAAUCUUGAAAAGGUAA